CCGUAUCAAUUGGUCUUUAGACCGUCAAUUACUGCGGAGUGUCUCAAGCAAAAGAAAAAAUGAAAAGAACGGAAUCGUCUGUAGAGUCUACAGAUUUGCCCAGCGGCUCAAAAAACAUUGGUAAGCAGACCGAAAACUUUAAUAGUCUUAAAGAUGAAGUUGCCAAGUUGGAGGAGCAAGUGAGAAUGCUGCAACUUGAAAAUAAUGAUCUGAGAAAACACGUGAAAAGCUCUAAGGAACCUGACCAUGUUGUAUAUGGUCAGAAGCUCCUUCCCCGCACUCCACAGGCAACAGCUAUAUUUAAAAGUCCAGUUGGAAUUGUUGGAAAGUCUGGUUGUGGCUGUAAAGGGAAUUGCUCCUCACGGAUUUGUGGUUGCGUGAAGAACAGCAACAAAUGUGGUCUGUCAUGUAAAUGUGACGAUGAAAUAUGUCAAAAUCAAGAAUAUUAUCAUUCGAAUGCAACAGCUAUUAAAAGGCCAGUUGAAAAGUCUGGUUGUGGCUGUAAAGGGGAUUGCUCCUCACGGAUGUGUGGUUGCGUGAAAAAGAACAACAGAUGUGGUCCAUCAUGUAAAUGUGACGAAGAAAUAUGUGAAAAUUAGAUACUAAAGAAGAAAAAGUCGAUUGGGAAAAGUACUCUAGGGAAGAGCACACUGCGCAAUUAAUUCCUUGCAAAAAAUGCAAAAGAACAUUUUUACCCAAUCAGAUUCAAUGUACAACGAAGCUUGCUGUAAAGAGAUUUAAAUAUUGACGAAACAAAAAUUGUUUAGACUUUUUUAAACUUUUAACAUGUUACUUUAUGAUUUUGCGUUUAUCUUUUAUCAUCGACAUAUAGCACUUAAGAAAGCAACUAUGAUUGGUCCGCCGUUUUUAUUUAAUUCGCGCCAGUUUUUGGAAAUUUUUAUUUUUGUCAAACAUAGUAAACUAGCAUUUCAAAAAUUUUUUUAUCAAAAUAAUUUACAUAUGCAUGUAAAAAAGAAUCCACAGAAAAGAGAACAAAUUAUUUUCAUAUAAAUAUGGUCAAUUCCAUAUGAAUAAUAAAUAAUUUCCAUAUA